AUGACAUUAAUUUUAUUGCUAAGUAUAUUUCAAUUAGCUAGAUUUGCUUGUGGUGCACCAUUGGCUCCAGCAUUAUAUAUUUUUGGUGACUCUUUAUCUGAUGAUGGAAAUAAUAAUUUCUUGCCAACCGUAGCUAAGGCAAACUUUCUCCCGUACGGUGAGAUUUUCCCCGCGGGAGCUACAGGAAGAUUUACUAAUGGUAGAACUGUUGCUGAUUUUAUAGCGGAAUUUCUUAAAUUAUCGUAUCCUCCUCCAAGCAUGAGCGUAAAAGCUUCAAGUUCGAUUACGGGUGUGAAUUAUGCAUCCGGAGCAUGUGGCAUUCUACCCAAAACCGGAAGUGUUUUCGGAAAAUGCUUGAAUUUAGAUGAACAACUACAUAAAUUUAAAAUUAGGGCAAAAACAGAGGUGCCGAGACAAUUGAAAAGCAAAAAUGAAACAAUAAAAUAUUUGGCAAGUUCAAUUUUCUUAUUUUCGAUUGGAAGCAAUGAUUAUCUAGGGAAUUACCUUGAUCCUCAACAUUUUGAUUCAAGCAAGCGAUAUUCUCCUCAACAAUUUGCUCAGCUUCUUGUUUAUAAACUCUCUCAUGCUUUUAAGAGAGUGUACAAAUUGGGUGGCAGAAAGUUUAUUACAUUCGAACUCGGUCCUCUUGGAUGCAUCCCAGCAAUUGCAAAAACAAUUCCACACAAAGGAAAAUGUAUGGAAGAAACUAACCAAAUGAUUUCACUAUUCAACAAAAACUUAGCUGUAGCAAUUCAGAAGUUAACAGUUUCUCUCCCCGGAUCGCAAUUUGUUUAUGGCCGUAUUAAUGCGCUAAGCUACGAUCUUAUAACUAAUCCAUCUAAAUACGGUUUGAAAGAUACAAGCAAUACUUGUUGCGACGCGUUAAAUAAUGGGACUUCUACGUGCAUUCGUGGGAAAAUAUCGUGCCCUAAUCCGGAACAAUUUUAUUUUUUUGAUGCAUUUCAUCCGACUGAACUUCCAUAUUCAUUGAUAGCAUCUCAUUGCAUCAAUGAUAGAUCAAUUUGUUCUCCUACACUAAAAGAAUUUGUGAAAUUGUAAUUAUUUGAGGAUAGUGAUGUAGGUUGUAUG